CUCGUCUCAUCUCUCUUGUCCGUGUUUCAUCGUUGGCGUUCGAUGCCAGUGAGCUGAACGUACGCCAGCCGGCCUGGCCAUCAGUCGUGAUCACGAAUUCAGCCCAUUCAGAAAACCCUAGCCUUUGUCAUUUACUUGCUGGCUUGCAUGACCUACGGUGCAUCAGCAUCAGCAUCAGCAUCAGCAUCGCCAUCAUGCGUAUCCCACGUAUCCCACCGUUUCGUGAAUUCUUCCCGACAAAAUGGCGUAACCACAACACGAUGUACAUAUUCAUGGCCGUCGAGUUGCCGCUUACGAUCAUCAUUCUCACGCUGACCGGUAUCGCCUCUCAUGAUCUCUACCGGACGAAGCUAUGGCAAGAUGGCGCAGACAAUGGAUUCAAUAGUUCGCCAACGGAUAGACUUUACGCCGCGGCCAAUCAUCGAUCCUACACGACUCCCAUUGUCUGGAGCUCAUUCAUCACGGAGUACAACCUUGUCCUGGGGAUUCUGAGCGUCUUCAUGUGGAUCACCAAGAUUCCCGUCCAUAUCCUCCACAUGCUCACUCCACCAUUGUCCGCCUUCGUCCACGCUGGCAUGAUCGCCGUGUGGUGCUAUUCCGCUCGGUAUCAGGCCGGCCCCGAUAUGUCGGACCCCGAGCAUCCUCAGCCGGGUGCACCCUGGUACAUCGCGAAGAAGUGCUCCGUGGCUGCACACAAAGAAGACGUUCAUUAUUGCAACCAAGCCAAGGCUUUGUUCGUGUUCUCAAUCAUCAUCAUCUUCUACUACUUCGCCGUUCUCUGCCUCAGCUUGCGAAACUGCAUCAUGACCAAAGAAGAGCGGGAAGAACAAGCCGAGCGCGACGAGGAGCGCAAGACCAUGAAAGAAUUCGAAGAAUUCGUUCUCCAGUCGCCUGGCCUUCCCCGGACCGCAUCCCUAAGACAACCCGGGACCAUGCCUAUGCCUGGCAAACCCCCAUUCCACAAGACAGUCACCCGAGACACCGACGCAUCGUCGUCAGACCUCCCCCUCCGCCAACACUUCAGCUCACCAAAUCCUCGUCGCUCGAUGCACCAAGAAUCAGCCGAGUCCCUUUCCGGCCAUAUGGCGCAGUCUCAAACCUCCUUCGUGCAGACCUCCAAGGCGCGUGCCAACUAAGCCAUGGGAUCGUCCCACCGAGGCUGGACUAAAACGGCUCCUCGGGACAAGACCAGGUGCACGUGUCGGGGUCCCCGUGGCUCUAGUUUAGUUUGGUCCUCGUAACCCCUCCAGAGGGAUCAGCGUUAAGCCUAAUGUGUCGGCCCGCAUUGACUAAAACUGUCGCUAAGCGAUCGAAUCCAUGGUGUUUCACCUGCCUCCACUUUCAGAUUCCCUUUUCCACCUUACAUUAUUCCCCCAAUCUUUGUUUUCUAUACCAUCGUGCGUCGUCGUAUCUUACCAGAAUCCAUUAUAGUUAAUGUUACCACCCAAGUCUAGACUAGUAAACAAGCAUAAGUCAUGAGAUCAGAUCAG